CUCGGCAGACCCCUGAGUGAUCUGGUGGCGGCGGCGGGCUGGCUGCUCGUGCUCCGUGUCGCCUCACGUGCUGUCAUGUACAGGAGGUGGGGGGGUGGUGAAGCAGAACCCCGGACCCAGCAGCAGUUCCUCGUCGGCGCGUGCCCGCGGUUCACGCCAGCGUCUAACCUGAGAUUUUCGAGAAGCGGCGCGCGGUCUUGCGAGAAGCCCACCUGGUGACAGGUGACCGGCGGCGAUCGUCCCGCGCCGAACCGAUCGAACCGCGCGACAAACCGGCGAGCUCGUCGCAGAACUGGAAAGUGGACGUUGAUCUGUGGAGACGCAGCGACCAGUGUUAAACAGGAAGGAGUAAACCCGCCUGACGAGCCCUCGGAGGGGUUUGGAGAGGCCGGAGUUGUGUUCUGGAAGCGGGAGAUGGGAAGAGGAGCGGGGCACGAGAGCGGGAACGGAUCGUAGUGGGGAUGAGGAGAGCGGGGGAGCGCGGAGCGCGCCGCCGACACCACUGACCACUGACACCUCUCUUCCACCGCCUUUUUCUCUUACCCAAGUCCAGUAGGGAGAUUUAUCCGCCACGGAGCCCUGAGGAGUUUACUUUCCCUUUUGAUUUAAUAUAUUUUGUUCGUCACAAACACGAGGAUGCGUUGUGGAUUAGCUGUGCUCCUUUGGACGGGAAUCUUAGCUGCGGGUGCUUUCAAAAAUGAUAAAUGCGGAGAACACAUCCGAAUCACAAAUGCAAACUAUCUCACAUCACCUGGGUAUCCAGUCUCGUACCUGCCGUCUCAGAAGUGUGUGUGGGUGAUACAGGCCCCAGGACCCUACCAGAGGAUCUUAAUCAACUUCAACCCCCAUUUCGACCUGGAGGACAGAGAGUGCAAGUAUGACUAUGUGGAGGUGCGGGAUGGUGUGGAUGAGACUGGUCAGCUGGUGGGCAAGUACUGUGGGAAGAUCGCCCCCUCACCCAUCGUCUCCUCUGGGAGCCAGCUCUACAUCAAGUUUGUCUCAGAUUAUGAGACACAUGGGGCUGGAUUCUCCAUUCGUUAUGAAAUCUUCAAAACAGGGCCGGAGUGCUCUCGGAACUUUACUGCCACCAGUGGUGUCAUCAAGUCCCCUGGCUUCCCAGAGAAGUACCCCAAUAAUCUGGACUGCACCUUCAUGAUCUUUGCCCCAAAGAUGUCCGAGAUUGUUCUGGAGUUCGAGAGCUUUGAGUUAGAGCCAGACACAACACCUCCCACAGGGGUCUUCUGUCGCUAUGACCGGCUGGAGAUUUGGGAUGGUUUUCCUGGAGUGGGCCCAUACAUCGGCCGGUUCUGCGGACAGAACACACCAGGACGCAUCAUCUCCUACACCGGGAUUCUGGCGCUUACAAUCAACACGGACAACGCUAUUGCCAAGGAGGGCUUCUCUGCCAACUACACUGUCAUAGAGAGGACUGUUCCAGAGGACUUCGACUGCAAGGAGCCACUGGGAAUGGAGUCAGGGGAGAUCACCUCUGACCAGAUUAUUGCCUCAUCCCAGUACAACGCAAACUGGUCACCAGAGAGGUCACGGCUCAACUACUAUGAGAAUGGCUGGACUCCAGCAGAGGACUCCAGCAAAGAGUGGAUACAGGUGGACCUUGGCUUCCUUCGGUUUGUCUCGGGCAUUGGGACACAGGGAGCCAUUUCCCAGGAGACCAAGAAGUCGUACUACGUGACCUCCUACAAGGUGGAUGUCAGCUCCAGUGGCGAGGACUGGAUCACACUGAAGGAGGACUCUAAGCAGAAAAUUUUCCAGGGGAACUCCAACCCUACCAAUGUGCAUAUAUCAGACCUGCCGAAGCCCACGCUGACCCGUUUUGUCCGUAUCCGGCCUGUCACCUGGGAGACUGGAAUUGCUCUGCGGUUUGAGGUGUAUGGCUGUAAAAUCUCAGAGUACCCAUGCUCAGGCAUGCUGGGAAUGGUGUCAGGCCUGAUUUCUGAUGGGCAGAUCACAGCCUCCUCCCACCAGGACCGCAACUGGAUGCCAGAGAAUGCACGCUUGCUGACCAGCCGCUCUGCAUGGUUCCUGCCACCUCAGGCCAAACCUUACACCAACGAGUGGCUGCAGGUGGAUUUGAGCCAAGAGAAGCUGCUGCGUGGGCUCAUCAUCCAAGGCGGAAAGCACCGUGAGAACAAGGUCUUCCUCCGCAAGUUUCGUCUGGGCUAUAGUAACAAUGGCUCCGACUGGAAGAUGGUCCAGGACACCAAUGGGAGUGAUAGGCCCAAGAUUUUUGAGGGCAACCAGAACUAUGACACCCCUGAACUAAAGACUCUGGAGCCCUUGUUGACACGCUACCUACGCGUGUACCCGGAGAGGGGCACGGCAGCAGGCAUGGGCCUUCGACUGGAGCUGCUGGGCUGUGAGAUCCAGGAACCUACAAGCGCGCCCACCACAGCUCCUGCUACCACCUCUGUACCAGAUGAGUGUGACGAUGAGCAGGCCAACUGUCACAGUGGAACAGGUGAUGACUACGACGUGACAGAUGGGACUACUGUGGCAGAGACCACGACGGAGGUAGACACCAUCCCUGAGUACCUGUGGUUUGCAUGUGAUUUUGGUUGGGCUGACAGCCCUUCCUUCUGCGGAUGGACAUCAGAAAAAGACAGCACUUUGAGGUGGCAGAUCCAGUCGAGUGGGACCCCAACUCUCAACACUGGCCCCAACAUGGACCACACAGGAGGGUCAGGUAAUUUCAUCUACACCCUGGCCACCAGCUCCCAGGAGAGCAAGGCAGCGCGGCUGGUGAGCCCAGUGGUGACGGCGCUGGACGUGGACCUGUGCAUCUCCUUCUGGUACCACAUGUUUGGGUCACACAUAGGCUCACUGCACGUCAGGCAGCGGAAGGAGACGGCAGAGGGCGCUGCCGAUGUCCUGCUGUGGACCGUCAGUGGACACCAGGGUAGCCGCUGGAGGGAGGGCCGCGUGCUGGUGCCCCGCUCCAACAAGCCCUACCAGGUUGUGAUCGAAGCAGUAGUGGAGAGUAACAUUUUGGGUGACAUCGCAGUGGACGACAUCAGGAUCCUGGACAACCUGAAUGCAGACGACUGCAAGGACCCAGAUGUUCCCACAGAGCCCAUCCAGCCAGAGGACAUCAUUGUGGACAUCACAGACUUCCCUGACAAUGAGAAAACUGACGACAUCAACGGGGCAGGGAACAUGCUGAAGACCCUAGACCCCAUCCUCAUCACUAUCAUUGCCAUGAGUGCCCUGGGGGUUUUCCUGGGGGCCAUAUGUGGGGUUGUCCUCUACUGCGCCUGUUCUCACAGCGCUAUGUCGGACAGGAACUUAUCAGCUCUAGAGAACUACAACUUUGAGCUGGUGGACGGAGUCAAACUGAAGAAAGAUAAACUGAACACACAGAAUUGCUAUUCGGAAGCAUGAGGACGUGCCAAGCAAGGUCGUGCCAAGCUGUGCCAGGACAGACCGGGCAGGGGCAAGAGAGGCAUCUCCUCCGGGUCGCGGCCCAGUUGGACCUGCCAGUUGCCCCUUUAUGUAGGGUGAAGGGGUCAGGACCAAUGGGAGGUUGUGACUGAGCCAAGAUUUUCUCAGGAGUUACAGUGAGAUAAACCUAUUUAUAGGAGGACACUGUGUAUAAAACUGAAUAAAAGAAUCUGUACAGUUAGAGGAUAUUUAAAUUUUUUCUUUUAAUUUUUUUUCGGAAAAAAUUUUUAACUCCUCAUUUUAACAAUCGGAUGCUGGUGUUGAGACCAACUGAGGCAAUGUUUAAAGUAUUUAUCAUUUUCUGGAAGGAAAUCAUGAUUAUAUUUUAAUUUCAAAGAUGUUAUUUCUUUCUAGGCAUAAGGUGUGAAAAUCCAAAAUGAACCAUAGUGACAAAUAUGUAGUAUUGCCGCUCUGCUGGACAUACAGUGUACUCCCCAUCAACCACCCCCACUCCCACCCCCCCCAAUUCUGCCAUCCAAGGGCACAACUUGACCCAAGCCCCAACCCAUGUAUGGUUCCGACAGUGCCUUUGUUACAUCUUUGUUGACUUCCUUUGUUGAUUUUGGAGUUUUACGCUUUCGUUAUGUCUCAAAACAAGAGCAAAAAGACAUCAGCUGGCUGAGUCAGCGAAGCAGACAAAUCCCCCCCCUCGUAGCGUGUUGUCAAUAUACAGGUUUUAAUAUAUUUUAAUUGCCUUUUUAAGCUGCAGUAUCCCUUUUUGAGGGUUGUGUGUUGUAAAUACAAUCGUCUGUUUUUUGUGAGCAGUGACAAGUGCUUUUUUCUGCUUUUUUUUUUUCUUUUUAUGCUGGACAGCAGAGCAAAACUCUGAAGCCGGUGUCUGAUGUCAAAAACUUAGGUCCAAGGAAAUUCUCUUUGUUAACGGACUAAUCAACGGGCUCCACGACUUCCUACCGACAUCCAUUCUACUCUCCCAUUCUACCACUUGCACGACUGGUACCUGCAAAAAAAUAGACUCUGUUAUUAGUCAAUGUGAUGUGUGUUUAGUUAAAUUCAUGCCUAACUCAUCUGCGUGGGUAGUAUAAAUGUUUGUGAACUGCCUGUUCCUCCACUCAGUCACAUCCACUUUAUUAUACCACUGUUCUGCAUAAGCUUUUGUCUCUGGCAAGACACUGAUGUAUGAAGUCGCUGAAGGUUGCUUUGUACGCCUACAUGGGUUGGUGUCAAUAUCCAGCCAGACGGAAAACACAUAUCAGGCUCUGUUUGGCCUCACAGCUCCUCUGUGUCCUGAAUCGGCGUCAACAUGCUGCCGUCUACAUCUCUGCCUGGAAUCACGAUCAGGAUUUCCCUUGGACCAUGAGAAGACGAAGUGCAAAUUGUCUGCCAUGAUACCAAAAAUGAAAAACAAACACAGCUGCGUUGGCUUUACUUGCAGGAGCAGGUCCCUUCCUGGCCUGUCCGCCUGUCCACACAACCGGACCAUUUGAAAAGAGCACCCUUUGCUGUGUGAGGCACCAAGGAUGCAGGGUCACUGGGAUGUGAUAUACAAAGAAAGUACAUGAACAAAUAAGCAAUGUGCUGUAGUAAGUGUUGUAGACAAGGUGUGUGUUCUGUGUGUGCUUUGAGUCAUGCCAACAAGACAGACAUCCACAGUUCAGACAUUCUAAGACGUUCUGGAGCCUAACGCGCAGCUUGACACCCCCACCGGAUAUGUGGUACGUAGCAUGAUGCGUGGGGAUCGCCUGCAGCAGCGGUACUUGGAUUCCAAAGGAAACUGGACCGGGAGCAGAGGAACCGGAAACGUGCCUGCUCGAGCGCCGCACGCCCAAAUCGGCAGGGAUGAGCAAGAAACUAUGGCUUUCACUGACAGCAUUUGACUGCUGGCGCCCAUGGGCGUCUGGGUGGCCGUGCUGUCGGAGCCACAGCACCAUCCAAACCCAGAAGGAUUCUCAUGAACGAACACGGAGUGCUGCAUGUAUGUCCCUUUGGAUACAUUUUCGGUCUUAAAGCUGCCCGAUGAUAAACGAGUCUAGACAGGUAACUAAAAGAAGGCUAUGAAACAGGUUCUGUACAAUAACUAGAGGAAAAAGGAUACUGUAGCGUGAAAUAAAAAGAAACAAUGUUGCACUGAU